AUAGUGUCGCUCCUCUUUAUAAAGCUCCUGCAGUUCUCCAACUCAUAGCUUGUGCUUGUUGCUGAUCAGUGUCAGAGACAUGAGUAAAGGAGUGAACGUGCUGCUGAUUUCCCUGCUCCUGGCAGUGCGCUCCACUGCUCAGCAGCUCACUGAGAGGCACACCUUCACAUGUGGAGGGAAUCUCACCGGAGAAUCAGGAGUUCUGGGAAGUGAAGGGUUUCCUGGUGUUUACCCCCCAAACAGCAAAUGCACUUGGAAAAUUACAGUGCCAGAGGGUAAGGUGGUUGUUCUGUCUUUCCGCUUCAUCGACUUGGAAAGUGAUAACUUGUGCAGAUACGACUUUGUGGAUGUGUAUAAUGGUCAUUCCAAUGGCCAGCGAAUUGGACGCUUCUGUGGGACGUUUAGACCCGGUGCUCUUGUUUCUAACAGUAAUAAGAUGCUGGUCCAAAUGAUUUCAGAUGCCAACACAGCUGGAAAUGGCUUCAUAGCGAUGUUCUCUGCAGCAGAACCAAAUCAAAGAGGAGAACAGUACUGUGGGGGGCGACUGGACAAACCUUCAGGAUCUUUUAAAACCCCCAACUGGCCAGAUCGGGAUUAUCCUGCUGGGGUCACUUGCGCAUGGCAUAUUGUUGCUCCAAAGCAUCAGUUGAUAGAGCUACGGUUCGAAAAAUUUGAUGUUGAAAGGGACAAUUACUGCCGAUAUGACUAUGUGGCCGUGUUCAAUGGAGGAGAAAUAAAUGAUGCCAAAAGAAUCGGGAAAUUCUGUGGUGACAGCCCACCUGCGCCUAUUGUAUCCGAGCGAAAUGAACUUGUCAUUCAGUUCUUGUCUGAUUUAAGUUUAACUGCCGAUGGUUUUAUCGCGCAUUAUAAGUUCAGGCCUAAAAAGUUACCCACAACGACUGCCUCCCCCGUCACAACAGCUGCCCCCACAACCACAAGUUCAAAACCAACAGUUGCCCUUUGCCAACAAAAAUGCAAAAGAACUGGAACUCUGGAGAACAAUUUCUGCUCAAGUAACUUUGUGAUAACUGGUACUAUUAUCACAACGGUUAGUAGAGGAGGGAGCGUGUAUGCAACAGUGUCCAUCAUCAAUGUUUACAAGGAAGGAACGUUGGCAAUUCAACAGGCUGGGAAAACGAUGAGUGCCAAAAUCAUGGUGGUUUGCAAGCAGUGUCCAAUCAUCCGGAGAGGAUUAAAUUACAUCAUCAUGGGACAAGUCGAUGAAGAUGGCCGCGCCAAGAUUCUACCCAGCAGUUUUGUCAUGAGUUUCAAAACAAAGAAUCAGAAGAUACUGAACACUUUAAAAUCCAAGAGAUGCUAAUGCACGACCCUUCCUCUAUUAAAGCAGCAAAAGUGACUGUAAAUAUUUGGGAAGGCGCAGACCCAGGCUCAGACGUUUAUAUCCAAUAUUGUGGAAGGACUAUGUUAUAACACAGGUUCCUACAAUCCGCAAGGAAUAUUUCACAUAUAAGCUUCUCCCACUGAGAAUGUAAACUGAACUGUUUUAGGUUCUGACUACUUUAAAGCUGUUUAUUUAUGUUUCUUAAAAUCAUGGAAAAAAUAAUAUUUUUUUAGUAAUGGCUAAUGUGGUGAUGUAACAAAAUUUUAAGUGCAAUAUUUAUAUUAUGUUUUUGUCCUUUUUAUGUUUGCUAAAAUGAAGUGGAAGACAUUUUGAUGCUGGUUUUGGCACCAUACGUAUGCUUAAAUAAAAUCUAAAUAUAUACAUGAGAAAGUAAA